CCCGUUCUUCUCCACAAAAAUAUCCCACCAAGUCUCUCCAGCACCUCAUGACUCCUCUCUGAUCUCUCGCGCCAUUUCGCUUUGAUUUAUACAUUAUCCCCGGCCGCCCCUUGCAUUGCCUCUUCUUCUUCUUCUUCUUCUUCAUCAUCCUUCCAACCUUGACCACCACCACCACCACCACCACCUUCCAUCUCACACCCAACCGCCCGCAGCCUUGCUGCCCUCAGAGAUAACCACCAACUCCCACUCCACCACCAUGUCGUCCCAGAUGGAAUGGUCUCCGGACUUCUGCCUCAACUGUGAUUGCCAGAUGCCCGAGGGCGGUGCCUACUGCUCGCAGGCUUGCCGGCUGUACGAUUUGGAGAAGGGCUCAACCGAUCCUCGGACUCCAUCCCAACUGUCUUCAUCCGCUUCUUCGACGGCGUCCAGCAACGGCUUCUACCUCCCUCCAGCCGUCAACUUCUCCGCCUACAAGGCAUCCUCUUCGUCGAGGGGCUUCGACAUGGGAUACUCCAGCCACCAAAAUUACUACCCCACCAACAACGGCCACUACUUUGUGCCCGCUACCCACUCGAGGCAGCAGCCGCAGCAACAACCUCAGCAACCUCAGUAUUACCAGUAUCAGCAACAUCACCACCAGCAACAGCAGCAGCAGCCACGCAGCCUCACGCCUUCUUCAUCACGAUCAUCGUUGGCAUCUACGCAAUCACAAACGACUUCAGGCAUCUCGGCUCACGCGGCCAAUCAGCUCAACCACUACGUCCGCCAAUUCGACCAGACCCGUGAAGUCAAGAGGAGGUUAACUUGA